GUUUGCAACCCGUCCCGUCCUGUUGUUAAUAACAGUACUUGUAGUGGAAGGGAUUGCUGUGGCCCAAAAGACCCAAGAUGGACAAAAUAUUGGAAUGAAGCACAUUCCUGCAACCCAGUGCGGCACUUGGGUUCGAACCAGCAAUGGAGGUCAUUUCGCUUCGCCCAAUUACCCUGACUCAUACCCACCCAACAAGGAAUGUAUCUACGUUUUGGAAGCUGCCCCACGUCAGAGAAUAGAGUUAACCUUUGAUGAACGUUAUUAUAUAGAACCAUCAUUCGAAUGUCGGUUUGAUCACUUGGAAGUUCGAGAUGGGCCAUUUGGUUUCUCUCCACUAAUAGAUCGUUACUGUGGGGUGAAGAGCCCCCCGUUAAUUAGAUCAACAGGGAGAUUCAUGUGGAUUAAGUUUAGUUCUGAUGAAGAACUGGAAGGACUGGGAUUUCGAGCAAAAUAUUCAUUUAUUCCAGAUCCAGAUUUUACUUACCUAGGAGGUAUUUUAAACCCCAUCCCAGAUUGCCAGUUUGAGCUCUCAGGAGCUGAUGGAGUAGUGCGUUCUAGUCAGGUAGAACAAGAAGGAAAAACGAAACCUGGGCAAGCAGUUGAUUGCAUAUGGACAAUUAAAGCUACUCCAAGAGCUAAGAUUUAUUUGAGGUUCCUAGAUUAUCAAAUGGAGCACUCAAAUGAAUGCAAGAGAAACUUCGUUGCGGUCUAUGAUGGAAGCAGUUCUAUUGAAAAUCUGAAGGCCAAGUUUUGCAGCACUGUGGCCAAUGAUAUAAUGCUGAAAACAGGAGUUGGAGUGAUACGGAUGUGGGCAGACGAAGGCAGUCGGCUUAGCAGAUUCAGAAUGCUCUUUACUUCCUUCGUGGAGCCCCCCUGCACGGGGAGCACCUUCUUCUGCCACAGCAGCAUGUGCAUCAACAACUCCUUAGUGUGUAACGGCGUGCAGAACUGUGCGUACCCCUGGGAUGAAAAUCACUGUAAAGAAAAGAAAAAAGCAGGACUGUUCGAACAAAUCACUAAAACUCACGGCACAAUUAUUGGCAUUACAUCAGGGGUUGUUUUGGUCCUUCUCAUUAUUUCUAUUUUAGUACAAGUGAAACAGCCUCGAAAAAAGGUCAUGACUUGCAAAACUGCUUUUAAUAAAACUGGAUUUCAAGAAGUGUUUGAUCCUCCUCAUUAUGAACUGUUUUCUCUCCGGGACAAAGAGAUCUCUGCAGACCUGGCUGACUUGUCAGAGGAACUGGACAGCUACCAGAAGCUGCGGCGCUCCUCCACGGCCUCCCGCUGCGUGCACGACCAUCACUGUGGGUCGCAAGCCUCCAGCACCAAACAGAGCAGGACCAACCUCAGCUCCAUGGAACUUCCUUUCCGAAAUGACUUUGCACAACCACAGCCAAUGAAAACGUUUAAUAGCACCUUCAAAAAAAGUAGCUACACUUUCAAACAGGCACAUGAGUGCCCUGAACAGGCCCUAGAAGACAGAGUAAUGGAGGAGAUUCCCUGUGAAAUUUAUGUCCGGGGCCGAGAAGAUUCUGCACAAGCAUCCAUAUCCAUUGAUUUUUAAUCUUCGACUAAAGAUGACGUUAAUUAUUAAGUGUGUACAUAUGCAGCCUGCAGGGCGGCCGCACUGUUUUCAGCGGCCAGCCCUUUUCUCCUGUCACAACUAGGAAGAUUUCCGUCUCCCGUUAACCUAUUGUAAUGGUGAAGCUUUAUUAUCUCAGGCAGUCUAUAUAUGUUAAACCAACCAAGGAACUUUUUCCAAAAUUCACUGAAAAAAAUAAUCAUCAUCUAACGCUUGGUGUCAUGUAAACGAAGCACCGGGUGAAUGGCAUUUGAGAAGAGGAGGGUUGUGCUGAGCAGGCUCAGGCUGCCUGUUACUGUAGCAGAAACACUGCUCUUGACUGGGAUAGCUUUGUCGAUAUUUUGACCCCACAGUAAGCUUAAAAAUAAGAUUUUUCUUUACAUUCCUUUUAUUUUUCUUUUCUCUAAAUUUAAUUUGUUUUAUAAGCCAGUAAUUUUGCCAUUUCAGUUUCUUAAAUAAAUAUGAGUGGUUAAUGUACUACACAUAUUCAAUAUAGGCAUUUGUUCUAGAAUUUGUCAAAAUAAAACUAGUUACUGUGGUAAGUGCCAAUUAAGACCCAGAGUUAUCUUUUGUCCAUCUGUUUCUUCUUGAGUAAUUUCUAUACUGCUGCCUUUUAAUUGCUGGAUCCUGAGUCUUUAUCUUUUGGGAGAAGUAAAUGGUAUGAUUCACGUUUCAGUCAUAUUUUGUCUUAAGUUGUAUUAUACUAGAAAGUUUCAUAAUCCUGGGAUGUAUGCACCAUUGCCAGUUAUGACUUAAAAACUUGAAAAAGGUGAAAACUUCUGGAAAUCCUUUGAAAUUUCCGAAAUUUGGUUACAUUCAGUGAUAGCCCAUUCGUUCUUAUGAGGAAAGAGUCGUUUAAUUUAUUUUUAGGGAGUUCUAUAAUUAUGUUUAUUUCCAAUGUUUGUUAUCACCAGAUCUGUGUUUCCUAUUAUUUGUAUAAAAAGAUUAUUUAGCUCCCUUUGUAUUAUUGGUUUUUCUUAUAGCAUAUGGUAACCAAGGUUGUAUGAGAGUUAAAGGAAAAUUCCUAAGAAACUGUAUAAGCCUUUAGAUUGCUUCUUACUUGGGACAAUACAUUUUUCUAGUUCUUACCAAGAAUAACAACUUCCACUUUUUUUUAAACUGCACUUUUGACCUUAUUUUCUUUUUUAUGGUAUAUAAACAAUAAUUUAUAAACAUGAUAUAAAAACCCCUUGUGUUUUUUUAGACUUUUGAUAUUAUUUGAUACUGUACAAACUUUAUUAAAUUAAGAUUAAAGACCUACAUGGCGGAUUUCUUUCAGUGUUCACAUUAGCAGCUCUGUAUACAAAUAUGCUGUGAUGGAACUGUACUCUAUAAUUUAUUGUAAAGACCUUGGUAAUGUGUACAUAAGCUUUUUGUUUCCUUUUGUUAUUGCAUUUAGUUUAUGAUACAUUUUCCACUGUGUGAUAUUUAUUGUUCUAAAUCACUACACAAAUCUUAUAUUAAAAUAUGCAUUGUU